UUUAAGACGUCGGUGACGUAGCGAGUGGCGGCCGUUUCGAAUCCAGGCCCCAAGAAUUUCCCUUCUCCAGCUGCUUCCUGGCUUCAGACUCGCAGACCUGGUGCCCCUCACUCCAGCUGCGGAAGCUCCGGCGUCAAGCGGACGAGACUGUCUCGCUAGGAGCCGGGGCCUACUUGUUGCUGUCAUCCGCCGCGUCGGGCUCUGGCCCGAGCCUGACUCCAUGGCGGAGGAUGAAAGGGAGCCCACCCACUCUCGCCAUGGCUUGUAGUUUGCAGAACCUAUUUGCUGUGGAAGAUGAGUUUGAAGAUGAGGAUUUCUUAUCAGCUGUAGUGGACACUGAAAACAAAUUCUCCAGUUCCCUCUCUGUAAAUCCAGGAUGCCUGAAACCUGUGUGUUCCAAGCCCAAAACUGCCAAGCAGACAUCAACAUCUGGGCAACUCACUUCCUGCCCUAUUGUUCCUCCAAGGACAUUGAGCAUGUCAGCCCAGGGUCUCAGACUCCCUAACCCUAGUGUGUCCAGAGCAGGAAGGGAUUCUCCUUCUAAGACACCAGACUUCUUAAGACUGUGUCCCUCUUCCAGCUUGGCUGGGGGAGCUAGAGAUCUAGGCAGAGUGACCCCAGAAGGAGUAACCACAGAACUGGAUAGUCACCAAUCAUUUACUCCUCACAAACCAUUCUCUCUUGUGAACCAACACCCAGUAGCUGGUACUACUGUGAUAAGUAAACAAGAUAGGUUUGAUAUGCUAUCAUGCAUGGACCAGAAGCAGGGAAACUCAGGGGAGGCUAUGAAAAGCCUUUUUUCCAAGCAGAAGGAAGACCUCAUGCUAGUCAAAAGACCCCGAGUGUCUGAACUAGGAGAAUCUUGUUAUCAUGGGUCAGUAGUCACCAGACCAACUGAGCCCCUAUCCUCAGAUGCCCCCACACACCAUAGGACCCCACAGCUCCUUAGGAGACCUGGUGCUUCUAACAGCCUGACUUUCCCAUUACGAACUUCCACUCAACCCACCCCCUGGCAAGCUGGUCCUAGGAGCAGUCAUCUUCAUGUGCCUCAGCCUCUCCAGAUUGCUAAAUGUUAUGCUCAGAACAUUUCUCAAAAUAAUUCCCUAAGCCCCCAAACAUUCCAAUCUCCAGGUUCCUGGGAAAAUGAAAAACCUAGAAUUCCAGGGCUAGCUGUUCCCAAUCCAAAUUCUUCCAUUUCCCUAGGAGCUAACUCUGGCCAGAGACCCUCAGAGUCCCAAGCUCGGGCCUCUUCUGUUGAGUCUCUUGUCUCUACCCCAUCUACCCUCUGUUCUUCCCUGGCAGCCCCAGGGAUACUUCAAACCCCAAUAGUCACAAACCACCUUGUACAGCUAGUCACUGCUACCAAUCGAACACCUGGGAUGCCUACUCAUAUUCCCACUCGGGCCAAAACACGCCGCUUUCCUGGACCAGCUGGGAUCUUGCCUCACCAGCACAGUGGAAAAAAUCUGGAGGAAAUCAUGAUUUCAACACCUCAGACUCCUUCUCAUGGUGCGAUAGCCAAGUUCCGGACAGAGGAAGUAUCUAGUUCCCAACCCUCAGAGGAGGAUUUUGAGCAUGGCCCCUGGCUGACUAUGAAAGCUGAACUGGGACUAGAUGACCAAGACCCUUCCUGCUUCCUCCAUACCUACAGCAUUGUCAUGGUGUUAAGGAAGGCUGCACUGAAGCAACUUCCCAGGAAUAAAGUGCCCAACAUGGCUGUGAUGAUCAAAUCCCUGAGCCGAAGUACAGUAGAUGCCAGUGUGGUCUUCAAAGAUCCCACAGGAGAGAUGCAAGGCACAGUGCACCGGCUGCUGUUGGAGGAGAGACAGAAUGAACUGAAAACUGGUUCUGUCCUGGUGCUGAAACAGAUUGGAGUAUUCUCCCCCUCACUCCGAAAUCACUACCUCAAUGUGACACCCAACAACCUGGUCCAGAUUUACAGCCCAGAUUCAGGGGAUGGGAGAGUCCCCAGGAGUUCUCAGCCCUUUGCCAAGAUUCCCAGACCUUUCCAUUCAGAGCCUCCCUCUCAGCCUCUCGCUCCUGAGAGCUCCUCCUCUAAGGCUCUUCAGUGUGAUGGGAAAGCAGAAGAGAAGCACCAAUCAACUAGAGUGGAGGUGCACCCCCCAGAAGAGCUUCCUGAAGUAGAUGAUCUGGAUGGACUUCUAGGUGAGCUGCCUGAGGACUUCUUCACUGAGGACAGUGGCUGAUGAGAAAGGACCACAGUGAGCUGGCAUUGUCUUCUUCAUUUGUGGCAAAUCAGACACAGGCAUGUCCAUCUUUGUGGAAGAGUGGAUGAGGGCUUUAGCAGACAAUCUUGUGAGCAUGUCAGUUGCUCUUCCACUGCAUGUUUCCAAGAGGUCUUCCCUCAUCUUCUAGGUCAGAGCAUCUCCUUAAUGGUUACCACCCUUGGAGACGAGGUGGGUGGGUGUGGGUGUGUGCCUAACCUCAAAUCCAGCCUGACUCUUGCAAGCAUUACUUUCAAUUACAGACUUAUUUUCUGGUCCUCUUAACCUUCCAUUCUUUUGACAGUUGGAGACAUAGGAGCAAAUAGGGAUAUGAUUCUCCUGGAUCUGUUUGCCUCCAUAAUCUCCCAUCUAAGUUGAACUGCCAGUUCAUUUUCACCUCACAACCAUGACUUCUGCUACUCUUAUCUGGUCCCUGAAAAACUACUGAAGCCUGAAUUUAUUUAUUUUCCCCUAAAACUGUGCAGAAAUUGCACAGUUUAUCUUGUACAGGAGGCAUCCAGCUUUAGGGUCAAGGAAAACAGUAUUGUGCCAUAUUCUGAAAUAAAGUAUGGUGACACUUCCCUUCUUAA